CAUUCUUGGCAACAACAGCCUCUCGGGUGACAUACCCGUUGAGCUGGGCCAGAGCCCUGCCCUCAAGCACCUCGGUCUUGGCAGCAACUACCUGAAAGGAUCCUUCCCUGAAAGCUUUGCUAAGCUUACCUGCCUUACCACCCUGGAUCUGAGCAACAACUCCCUCUCUGGCUCCCUUCCUACCUCUAUCAGCGCUCUCACCUCCCUCACCAUCCUGUAUUUGCACAACAACUUCUUUGAGGGGUCACUCCCCAACCUCCCAUAUAACGUAUCAAUAGUCGAUCUCAGCAGAAACAGUUUCACGGGAGGCUUCCCACAGAACACAGCACAGUUCAGCAGCCUUGCCACAUUGAACAUUAGCAGCAACAGGCUAUCUGGCACGCUGCCUGCGGAGCUAAGCCAUCUAGUGGCCCUUACAUCCCUCAACACGAGUGGAAACCAGUUCUCAGGCUCCCUUCCGCCUUCCAUUCAAGCCCUCAAGCGCCUUAACUUCCUGGAUCUUAGUGGCAACUCUCUCAGUGGAAGCAUUCCAGACUUUCUGAGUGCGCUAGUGCUGAUGCAGAGGCUCAAUCUCAGCACCAACUCGCUCUCUGACACUGUCACUGCAUCCCUGGGAGCUCUGGCACAGUUGACCUGCCUUGAUGUCAGCAGCAACCAGCUCUCCGGGUCCAUCCCAUCUGCCUUUGGCAGUCUUACCAUGCUCAUGCACAUGGACAUGAGUCGCAACGGCAUCUCAGAAUCUAUCCCCGCUAGCGUCAGCCGUCUCACAGCCCUCACCUCCCU